CCAUUUUUCCUCUAGCUCCAUGCAUCAUGCGUGCAAUAUAUUUUGCUUUCAUAAUCGCGCUAUCGACCGCAAGUGGACCCCGCGACAGCCAGCCCACCAAGCCACCAUAGGCCAUCCGAUCUAUCAUUCCGAUUUCCUUCUCAAGUUCUCGUGCACAAACAUGGCGUGCCUUUUCUGUUCGCUGUUUUUAGGGGUUUUAACCGUCAUUCUUGCUCCUCAGCACUGUUUUUCUGAUGAUUCCCCAAGAGUGCAGAUCAAAGAAACCAUAUUUACAGGCACUGAUCAUUACAUAGCAGAAAGCACAACCCCUGUGUAUUCCUUCAGAGGUAUCUACUAUGCUGAGUCUCCGGUAGGGGCUAGGAGAUUUUCUCCACCUGUCACAAAGAAACUUCCUGGUGGACCAUAUGAUGCCACCAAAUCUGGCCCAUUUUGCCCCCAGAAUCUUGAGACAACAUCUAUUGUAUUUCCACGACCGUUUCCUUCAGAUGAAAUGAGCGAAGAUUGCCUCCAUCUUGAUGUGUACACUCCUAGCCUGAACUCUGAGGAGAAGCUGGCAGUCAUGGUGUACUUCCAUGGAGGUGCUUAUGCCAAUGGUGCAGGAGGCUAUUACGACGGUUCUCCAUAUGCUUUGUUUCAAAAUGUGGUACUAGUGGCUGCAAACUACCGUCUAGGUGCUUUAGGUUACUUAAGUACAGGAGAUGAAGCUGCCUUUGGUAACUUUGCUCUCCUGGACCAGCACAUGGUUCUUCAGUGGAUACACAACCACAUAAAACACUUUGGUGGUGACUCAAACUGUGUCACAAUCUUUGGAGAAUCUGCUGGAGCUGUCAACAUCAUUCUCCACCUCCAGUCAUCUCUAUCACAAGGCUUCUUCCACCGUGCUGUCUCUCAAAGCGGGGUGGCGCACAGUCCCAUCAUGACCUCCAAGAACCCUCUUCAUGUUGCCCAGAGGCUGGCUCAGAAACUAAGCUGUCCAACUUCCACCACAAAAGAAAUGGUGGAAUGUUUACGAGGCAAGUCUGCUGAUGAUAUACUUAAGGUUGAUAUGGAUGACCCUGACAUACCAACUUUACCUUUUGCCCCUGUUGUGGAUGGCUUCUUUAUAGAGGAAGAUCCACUUGAAGCGCUGAUGAUGGGGAAAUUAACACGUGGCCCGGAGCUUUUGAUAGGUGUCAAUAACCAUGAGGGAGGAUUCUCCAACCUGGCAAACAGGAUGAACGUUGAGUUUCUGAAAAAUUUCAAUGUUCAAGCCUUCAGAAACAUAGUGCAGUCUCAGCUUGGGAAGUUCAUACCAGGAGACUUGAGUGAUUUGAUAAUGAGUAUAGAACUCAUGUAUGGAGGCAAGAAUGGUAUGACUGAUGAGGAUGCAUUUUAUCAGCUUACAGAAGUCAUUGGAGAUCUAAUAUACGUUGUUCCUGCCUUAGCUCUGGCUGAUGUUAGGACAGCACUGGGUGAUAAAGUAUACUUCUAUGAAUACCAGCACCGAAUGUCAUGUUCAAGGGCUCCAUCUUGGGUUAGAGCUGAUCAUGGUGAUGAGGAGGCCAUCGUCUUUGGUUUUCCCUUCCUAGACAAGCAUGAACAGGGACGCCUUCAUUUCACUCCGGAAGAGAAAGACCUUAGCCAUAUUCUGAUGACUUACUGGGCAAACUUUGCAAAGACUGGUGACCCCAAUGGUGAUAGCAACACUUCUACUGUUAGAUACUGGCCAAGGUACUCUGUUGAGGACAAGGAUUAUAUGAAGCUGGACAUCAUUCCGGAGGUAGCACAAAACUUAAAACCAGACACCGUCAAUUUCUGGCAACAACUUAUGAACAGGGUACACAAGCAGGCAUCAAGGGAUGAACUAUAGAGGGAUGUAUUGUCAACUGUGCACCAGUGCUGUAACAACAUGACAUGAAUUAUUUUGCUCCCUCCUUGCCAGAAAAAAAUGUUUUAGGGUUAGGGACUCUAAAAUAUAUGGAACUGCAGUACUUGAUGUGAACACUUGCCUUGUCAAAGCAGUUACUAAACCAUGCAAAACAAUAUGUAUGUACUCACUCCUGAAAAUGAAUAUAUUUGGUCCCAAAACAUUAAACUUAGGGAGGCCACAAAAUAUAUGAUUCUUCUGCAAGCUGAUUUGAAUAUAAAUGUUAUGAUUUCGGUGGUUAUGUUUCAGUGUAGUUCAUCCCAUUUAGAGUAGUCAACAUCCCAAAUUAAAACCAAAUUGACCAGGUAGACCAAAUUAAAUGAACGAUUGCCUUUUGGGCUUUCAAGACUGAUGCCAACAUGACUUCCAUAAAUUUGUUCAGAAAUCACAAAAUUAUGCCUUAUCUUAUGAAAUGACUUGUAACGUCAGGAUGCUGUACCUGAAUUUCUCAAAUAUGACCUCCAAAGAUGCGUGUACCUUUUCUUGGAACAAUUGAUAUUUGAAAGGGCGAAUCUUUGGACUCUACUCACAACAUGAUGCAAAUUACCUAUCUAACCUCAAAUUUUAGAUAUGAUGCUACUCAACUGGGGAAGGAUAGCCAAACUGCAGUGCUGUAAAUCAAAAUUUGGAGCUCCGAAACCGUCCCCUUAUAAAGGUUUUUAGUGGUGAGAGAAUCAUAUAUAUUAUAAAAUUGCCUUUGCCUAUGCAGAAUUGAAUCUGUCCUGGUGACACUCGUUUUAGAGUGAUAACAAUGUGUAGCCUAAAAUGAUAAGAAAUUUAUGAACUAAAUUAGAGGUUCAGAAGUUAUUUAUAUAGAUUUAUAUUUGUAUACGAUACAUAUUUUUGCAAUAUUUCAUUGAUUCAGUGGAUGUUACCAAAGAUAUACAUUUAUUUGUAUUUAUUUUUGUCUCGCCCACCAGAGGUGAAGGCGAGACUUAGGGAUCCAAAUGUCGUCUGUCGUCCGUCCGUCACAAACCUAAUGACACAUAACUCCACAACCGUAAGUCGCUUUUCAACCAAACUUGGAUGGUAGAUGGACUUGGGGGACCUGCAUGUUAUGCUACAGUCGGAGGUCACAUGAUAGGUCAAAGGUCAUUUUCAGGUCAAUGUUAAAGUUUACAUGCAAGACUCUCUUAUGACACCUAACUCCGCAACCGUAAGUCACUUUUCAACCAAACUUGGAUGGUAGAUGUACUUAGGCGACCUGCAUGUUAUGCUGCAGUCGGAGGUUACAUGGUAAUGUCAAAGGUCAUUUUCAGGUCAACAUUAAAGUUCACGUGCAAGGCUCUUAUGACAAGUGUUAUUCCAUCCCAGUCAUUUCACAAUGAAGUUUCGAUACAAUUCUGUUGCGUGCCCUCGCAAAGGCACAAUAUUUUUGGUUAUUUUCAUAAGUGGGCGAGACACAAAAUCGCUUUUGCCUUGUUUAAAUGAAUAUUUGAUACAUUUUGUUUUGUGUACCUCAUACAUAUACAUCCCUCAUAUUUCAGCAAUCUAAAUUAGUUCCAACAGUUGAGUUAUUACUUAAAAAUAACUCAUGAGUUAUUUGUUAUGCAUUUACAGCAUAUAUGGAUUUUUCAAUCCAAAUUAUUUUAUAUAAUUUUUUUUAUAUCUUUUUAUUUGUUCGAGAUUUGAUUUUUGGUAUUUUUAAAGAUUUGAUGAUCAGGAUAAAUUGUUUUAGACUUGAGACAUUCCAAAAAUGAACAUAUGCCAAAGUAAAGUCUAUGUCCUAUAGGACAUAACUGUUCUCUGAGGCAACAAAUGAGCAUAUUCUCCUUUUUUUAGAUUCCAUCGUGAUUAUCACGAUGGAAAUAUUACAUCAAUUUUGCAGACAAGCCUGUUAUUAGAUUUAAAUAAAAACUGAUCAUAAAAAUGGAAUUCAAAUUAAAUCUUUAUAUCACAAUUAAAGAUUUUUAUUGGGUCGAUUAACAACACAGUUUUAUUAAACUCAACAACUUUGAAGGGGCUGCAAAAGGGCAAUUAUUUUUUUAUUAUCAAAAGGGAAAAAAAGGAGAAUAAAUUGAAACUUUAAUCCUUGUGAAUAAAGGAGCCAAAAGCAUCAACACAUGGAAGGGGAACAGUCUUUUCCUGAGCCCCAUUGUCAGAUUUUUAAAGGAGCACGAUUUUCAACAUUUUACAACUUUUCUGUACAUGCCACUACAAAGGAGUUUAUCCUGUUCAGAACUUGCUCAGGAUAUCAUAUGUACACAGUACCCAAAAUGGGAGAACUAAUUAUGUGAAUUGUGGCAGAGUAUUUUAAAUGUCAAACAAAUACUGCCAAACCUCAAUAUUUGUCUAAAAGUUAAUCAUUAUAUGGAAGACAUGCAUGAUGGUAUCAUGCUAAUGAAAAAAAACCUUUGUUUACAUUUUGAUAGCUCAGAGUGUAAUGCAGGCAAUUUUUCAAACUAUACUUGAAUGCAUGUUGUGUCACUGUAAAUGAAAAGGCAAGUCCAUCCUAGCAAAAAAGAUACUUUGAAUGAAAAAAAAGAAAAAUCAAGCUAGCAUAAUGUUGAAAAAUUCGUCAAAGUUUUAAAGUUUUGCGUUAUUUCACAAGAUAGUUAUAAGCACAUCCUGGUUAGUAUGCACUUGAGGGAAUCUAUGACAUCACACACUCACUACUUCUCAUGUUUUUAAAAAUAAUGACAUAUGAAAUGUGAAACAAGGCUUGAUUCCUCUCUGAAAAUGUGGCAUUGCCAUUGUUGUAACAUAUUGUGAUUAAUGAAGAUGCGUACUUAUUAAAUUUCUGCAAGAAUUUAAAUGUUCUAUAUUUGUAACAUCAUUGACUUGCUUAUUUGCAUAUCCCUUGUGUGGUGCAUAUAAAUCUUAGUGGAAGAAUGAAAAUAAGCCAAAUUGUAAAUUGUCAUAACUUUCUUUUCUAAUGUAUAUCCAAUUUUGAUGAAAUUUUCAGGUUUAUGCUUGAUUUAUUUUUCUCAAUUUAUUCAAGUCCAAUUUAUGUUGGGGUGAGCUUGCCCCUCAAUUACAACUUUUAUAAACAGUAACAAACUUAAUAGAUUUAUAACUGUACAGCGGCUGUUUGCAAGCCAAAUCUAAUGUGAACAUUUAUCAAUCUGUCACUAAAAAUAUCUUUCUUUAGAUGUUCCUUCCUAAAUCAUGAUAAUCUCAUUACUUAUGAUAACAUAUUAUUGAAGUAAAGAGGAAAUGCCUUCAAGAAGGUCAAGUGCCAUUUUGAUGGUCUCUCCCAUAGAGGCCCAUGUAUUGAGUCCGUAUUAAACUUGGCUUAUCUUUUCAUGAAUCAGUGGAACAUUUUUGAAAAGUAUAUCGUGAAAUCUGGUGUAAUUGUGAUGACUAUGUGAUCAGAAAAUAAACAAAAUGUUUAGAAGCAUCCUGUUAAUAUUUCAA